AUGGCAGAAGUAGGGUUGGCAGCUGUAGCUACAGUAGAUCUCGCCCUAAAAUACGGAAAACAACUGGUACAAUUAUGCUCAGACUUCCAGCAUGCUGACGAAGAAGUACGAGAAAGAAAGAAGAAGAUCAAAUCGACAUGGGUCCGGACAGAAAAGCAGAUCGACUUCCUAGGCAAAAUUUGGAACAGCUUAGAUGUGGAACUUCAAAAUCACCAAAGCGAGUUAUUAGAUGAACUGGUCUCCAAACUCGAUGCAGCUACGAAGCAAAUUAUGCGCGUACGGCGGAAGACUGUGGAUGAUGAAGGAGCAGCAAAGGUUAACAGGAUGAAAUACGCAGCAAUAAAGGGAAGCAUUGACAAAGCUAUCGAUGAGCUGAAGGAAUGGCAACGGGACUUCGAUCCAGGGUGGUUUCUAACCAUGAAGAUCGCCCAACCGGUCAUUGAUCGUGAACUAGCGGAGGCGUCCAACUCAGAUUCAGCGACACCAAUAAAAGAGAACAAAAGCGCAAUGGACACCAUAUCGACCGCCCGAAAUGUGCGCAAGUAUAUGAGCAGUAAUGUCGAAGAAAAGUUAGAGAUCUUCCGAAAACACGACAACGCAACGGAACUAGAGCCGAUCCCGUAUUCCGCUGCAAGAACAUUGCAGAGAACUGGCAAGGGAGGUUCGCGAAGCUACAUUGUCGAUACGGUGCCUUGCUUGGAAGGCGUUAAUGUGGACAUCCUUACUAAAGAUGUUCGCGAACUUGCUCGAAAACUUUCUGUCGCCGACCCCUUCACUUUUGGCCUACUCCAAUGCCGUGGUGUGGUCAAAAUCUACGGCACCGAAGGUCGAAAACCAACUGCAUUUGACUUCAUCUUUCAAAUUCCGUCGGAACUCCACAGUCCGCGAAGCUUGCGGGCCACUUUAUUGAAUUCCGGCACGGACGCCUCGCUGACGAGUAGGGUACAAAUCGCACGCAAGUUGGCCCAAUCCGUAAGCUACGUCCACACAUACGGCUUCGUGCAUAAAAACAUCCGUCCAGACACGAUACUUGUACUGCAAGAUACAUCGACCGAAUUGGCAGCGUCCUUCCUGCUCGGGUUCGAGCGCUUUCGAAAUGUGGAUAGAAGGACGUUGAUGAUGGGUGAUUCGGUCUGGAAUAAGGACUUGUAUCGACACCCACAGCGACAGGGUCUGAAUCCGGAAGAAGAAUAUGUAAUGCAGCACGAUAUAUACAGCCUCGGAGUCUGCCUUCUCGAGAUCGGACUCUGGCAGUCUUUUUUCUUAAUCAUGCAGACCGAGGAAGCCACUCCCACAGGCUGGCUGCCAAAGAACAUUCUUGAAGAUAGCCUUGACAAAGCUGCUUGUGUGAAGGAGCACUUUGUAGAGCUAGCGCAAGAUAGGCUGCCAGCAAAAAUGGGCGAAAUAUACACUAGAGUUGUGGUAACAUGCCUUACAUGCCUGGACAAAGACAACGUGGAUUUUGGAGAUGCCGAGGAGCUCGAGGAUGAAGACGGUGUGCUAGUCGGAGUCAGAUUCAUCGAGAAGAUUCUGCGACAUCUAAAUAGUAUCUCUGUAUGA